UUUCUGUGAGCACAAAUAGCAUCUUUGGCAAGUCUGGUUUCAGUUGGCCUUUGUCCAACUCCUGGAUUCCAUGCAGGGUCCAAGAAGCCCUGAGGAAUAAAAGGCUAAUCCGGUGCAGUGAACUCGGGUUCCUCACCUCCCAGCGCGCCCAGACCACAGGCGGGACCGGCCUCUCCCGCGAGGAAUCCUGGGGCGGCACCCCGAGACCGGUUCCCCUCUUUGCAUUCCGCCAAGUCACCCGCUCUGCCCGGACGGACAGAUGAGAGCGCUCCAGAGACUGGUUCAGGGCAGGGUCCUGCUCUUGACCAUCUGUGCAGCUGGCAUUGGAGGGACUUUUCAGUUUGGCUACAACCUCUCGAUCAUCAAUGCCCCUACCUUGCACAUUCAGGAAUUCACCAAUGAGACAUGGCGGGCACGUACUGGCAGGCUGCUGCCCGACCACCAGGUUCUGCUUGUGUGGUCCCUCAUCGUGGCUCUCUACCCCUUGGGGGGCCUCUUUGGAGCUUUGCUUGCAGGACCUUUGGCCAUCACAUUGGGAAGGAAGAAGUCCCUUUUGGUGAAUAACGCCUUUGUGGUGGCCGCAGCGAUCCUGUUUGGCUUCAGCCGCAAAGCCGGCUCCUUCGAGAUGCUCAUGCUGGGACGGCUGCUCAUGGGCGUCAGUGCAGGUGUGAGCAUGAGUGUCCAGCCCAUGUACCUGGGGGAGAGUGCCCCGAAGGAGCUCCGAGGAGCCGUGGCCAUGACCUCAGCCGUCUUCACAGCUCUGGGGAUUGUGACAGGACAGGUGGUUGGACUCAGGGAGCUCCUGGGUGGGCCUCAGGCCUGGCCCCUGCUGCUGGCCAGCUGCCUGGUGCCCGGGGCAGUCCAGCUCGCCUCCCUGCCUCUGCUCCCUGAGAGCCCACGCUACCUCCUCAUUGACCGUGGGGACACCGAGGCCUGCCGGGCAGCGCUGCAGCGGCUGAGGGGCACCAGGGACGUGGCUGAGGAGCUGGAGGAGCUGGAGCGGGAGGGCGCCGCCUGCCAGGGCUGCCGCACCCAGCGCCCGUGGGAGCUGUUCCAGCAUCGGGCCCUGCGGAGGCAGGUGACAAGCCUGGUGGUGCUGGGCAGUGCCAUGGAGCUCUGUGGGAAUGACACGGUGUACGCCUACGCCUCCUCCGUGUUCUGGGAGGCGGGGGUGCCGGGGGAGAAGGUGCAGUACGCCAUCAUCGGGACCGGGGGCUGCGAGCUGCUCUCCGCCAUCGUCAGCUGUGUGGUCAUCGAGAAGCUGGGCCGGCGGCUCCUGCUGGUGGGGGGCUACGGCCUGAUGGCCGGCUGGGCCAGCGUCUUCACGGCAGCCCUGUGCCUGCAGAGCUCCCUCCCCGGGAUGCCCUACCUGGCCGUGGCCUGCGUCUUCGCCUUCAUCCUCAGCUUCGGCAUUGGCCCUGCUGGCGUGACGGGGAUCCUGGCCACAGAGCUGUUUGACCAGACGGCCCGGCCUGCUGCCUACGUGAUCUGCGGGGUGCUCAUGUGGACCAUGCUCUUCCUGGUCGGCCUGGGCUUCCCCUUCAUCAUGGAGGGCUUGUCCCACUUCCUCUAUGUCCCUUUCCUCGGCGUUUGUGUCUGUGGCGCCAUCUACGCUGGCUUGUUCCUCCCUGAGACCAAAGGCAAGUCCUUCCUGGAGAUCUCUGAAGAAUUACACAGACUCAACUUCCCCUGGCGGGCCCAGGGCCCCGCGUGGAGAGGCCCAGAGGUCACCGAGUCCACAGAGCUCUAGCUCCGAAGGGGUGGCGGGGGCCAAGGCCAGCUGCAGCGCAGGGCUUGGCCUCCACUCGGUCCUGCUUUCCUUUGUUUCACAAGUGUUUACUGAGCACUUGUCACUCGCAGACGUGGUGCCAGCUGCUUAGCAGUCACUGGGGACAGUGGUGUUCCAGUCUGGGGGCAACUGACUGACAGGAAAACAAUUAAAAACAUAAUACCAAACUCGGGACAUGCAGUGGAAGGAAACGACAGGUUGUGGUGGGAAUUCGCACCCUGCGUGUGGCCGCCUGACCUAGUCUGGGAGGGGAGUGAUCAGAAAAGAAUUUUCUGAGGAAUUGAUUUUUUUCAAUCAACUUUAUUGAGAUGUAAUUUACAUACAAUCAAAGACAACCAUUUUAAGUAUUCACUUGAUGAGUUUGACAGAUGUAUACACGCAUCAAACACUGCCUCUGUCAAGACGGGACAUUCACGUCACCCCAAAAGCACCCUCACGCCCUCUGCUGUCAGCGACCCCCCCACCCCUCGCCUCAGGCAACCACUGACCCACUUUCUGUCACUGCUGGGCAGAUGCACCUUUCUGCAGAACUUGAUGGACGUACGCAUUUGGGUCUAGCUUUGCUCCAGGUAAAGUUUUUCAGCUUCACUUGCAUUGCUGCGCGGGUCCAUGUGGAUUCCUUUGCACUGCUGAGCAGUCAGCCCUCUGUGGUCAGACCAUGAUGUGCUUGUCCGUUUUCCUGUUGGUGGACACUGGGUUGUUUCUGAUUCUUGGCCAUCAUGAAUAAAACCGCUAUGAACAUUUCUACACAAA